AUGGCAUGUAAAAAUCAAGAAAUUUACGGACGUGGACUUAGAUGUGAGCUCUCGGUUCGUAAUUAGUGUUUACUUAAGAGCGUGCUAUCGACUGUUUUUCAUUAUUUCUGUUCUCACCCAGUCGUGCUUCAUCAUCUCAAUCAGUUCGAAGAGAUAGCAAAAUCCUCCCGUCAGUCUCUUUCACGUACAAUCGUACGUACCUCCAUAUCCCUCCGCCCGGCUUCCACUUGUACAUCAACAAGACAAAACUAACUCCCACCAAGCUCUCCAUCUCAUCUACCUCAUCCAAAAACCCCCUUUAACACCAAAAAAAUGUCUUCAAACCAAACCCAAACCCAACAAACCCAAUCUCCUCUCCCCCAACAAGCACCCCAACAACAAGCCCUCCAAUACAUCCCUCCACGAGCGGAAGGCUACCGCCCCGCCGCCAUCAGAGAAUCCCGCAUCAAGGAUCGUCCGUAUAAACCCGAGGCGGACAGCAGUUUGAAGAUCAAGAUCGAGCUGGAUCUGGAGGUCGAGGUGGAUCUAUAUGCGAGGUAAGUGGUUGCGAAUAUCCUUUGCUUUGAGGUGUUUUUGAGCGUUGAGACUAUGUCGUCUUUCAAGACGUGGUUUCUUCCUUCUCGAAAGUUUGUGGGGUUGUGUUGUGAAUGUGUGUAGCAAUGCUGACUUAAGUUUCAAAUAGGGUUAAGGGUGAUGUCACGAUAGGAUUGAUGUAAAUCAUCAAGGGGGUGGAUGGGAGAGACGAUGGGUAAUGAUAAUGAUAGUAUGGGGCUUUCACAGCAUCGUCCUUGUCGAAUAUUGGUUUUCUAUCGCGGGUAAUCUUUGCAGACAAGCAGGCGAGGCGUUUGG